AUGGCCGGCGGCGCAGCAGCAGCUACUGGUGUCAAGGCGGCGGGUCCUCCCCUGUCCAAGAAGCAGGAGUACUUCGCCUUCGCCCUCAUUACCUCGCUCUUCUUCCUGUGGGGCAUCUCGUACGGUCUCAUCGACGUCCUCAACUCCAAGGUACAGAAGAGCUUCGGCAUCACCAAGCUCCAGUCGACCAUGCUCCAGGUCGCCUACUUCGGCGCCUACCUUGUCUUCUCGAUCCCGGCCUCCCUCUUCGCGUCGCGCUUCGGCUAUCGCAAGGCCGUGAUUCUUGGGCUCUGCCUGUACUGCUGCGGCGCCCUGGCCUUCUGGCCGUCGGCACACUACGAGGCUUAUGGCGGAUUUGUCGGUUCUGCCUUCAUCAUCGCGUGCGGCCUCGCCACCCUCGAGACGGUCGCCAACUCGUACAUCACCGUCCUCGGCACUCCUGAGCGCGCCGCCUUCCGCCUCAACUUUGCCCAGUCGUUCAACGGUCUUGCCGCCUUCCUCGGCCCGCUCAUCGCCUCCAAGACGUUCCUGACCGAGAAGGAGGCCGACUCGCUCACCUCGGUCCAGUAUGUCUACCUCGCCGUCGCCUGCCUCGGUGCCGCCGUCGCCGUCCUCUUCUUGUUCGCCAAGCUCCCCGAGAUCACCGAGGAGAACCUCGAGGACGAGCAGGAGGCCGCCGGUAUCGCCGACACUCGCCCGCUCUGGCAGCGCAAGCACACCAUCUUCGGCUUCGUCUCGCAGUUCUGCUACGUUGGCGCCCAGGUCACGACUGCCACCUUCGUCGUCAACCUCUUCAAGGAGUCGAAGCACCACGCCAUGACCUCGUCGCAGGCCGCCGAGAUGCUCACCUACGCCCAGGUCGCAUUCAUGGUCUCCCGCUUCGCCGCCACGCCCCUCCUCCACUUCUUCAACCCGUCCCUCGUCCUGUCGGCGUUCGCCACGCUCUGCUCGGUCGGCGCCAUCGUCAUCGCCUCGACUGAGGGGCACGCCAUGACGGCCGGCGUCUUCAUGAUCUUCAUCGGCGAGUCGGUCAUCUACCCGACCACCUUCUCGCUCGCCACGUCCAACCUCGGUCGCCUCUCGAAGCGUGGAGCCGGUCUCCUCUGCAUGGGCGUCGCCGGCGGCGCCGCGUUCCCGCCGAUGCAGGGCGCGCUCGCCGACGCCAAGAACACCAACAUCUCUUACAUGAUCGCCUUUGCCGGCUUCUGCGUCCCCAUCAUGUACGGCGCCGGCAUGUUCUUCUACACUCGCCGCAUGGCCGCCACCGUCGCCCAGAACCUCGCUCUCCAGCAGGAGUACGCCGGCAACAACCUCGAGAAGGUCGAUUCGACCGACAAGAUCGAGGACAGCCAGGUCGAGGCCGCCAUCCGCGUCUGAGCUUGUCCUGAGCUCGACGGGCGCGGUGUCGUGCGCGCCGGCGACUCGGUGCGAGGCCGAGUUGCGAAGGUCGUUUUGUGUUGUUCUUGCCUGCAGUUCUGUGCCUCGUUCCCCUCUUUGUCCUGUUCGCUCUUUUAGACCCACCCACACUCUCUAAAACUCGCAAUGUACCUCGAGAUCAUCCCCCU